CAACCAGAGAAGCAAGAGUAGAGAAUUUAUUUUAUAAAAGUGGAUUCUCAAAGCACCAGGAUUACAAGAAGAAGGAAACAGUAACACCUGAAAGGAUUGGACAAAAGCAGAGGAGCUCAAUCUAUUAUUGAAGGCUUCCAGUAGAAUCAGUGUUGAAAAGACCAUUCACUUGAACUUGUGGAUUAUUUUACAGGCUACACAACUGUUUUGAGAGAACAUCCUCCCAGAAGAGGGAACAGAAGGAGAAACAUCUUUGUAAAAAAGACCUUGGUAUCCCAUGAACGAAACAGCAGAUCUCGUAUCGGGGUGCAACAGUACUCCGGAGCCAGUUACACGGCUCAGAAAAGGUUACCAAUUUGAUGUUUCAGGAAAAAGUCAUAAUGAUAACCACCAAGAAGAAGAUCUGGGGCCUCUUUUAGUGGCAUCUGUUCCCUGUUCCCAGUUCAAAAAAAAGUCUGAGGAGAAUGAAUGCAACAAUGGAUCAUCUCAGGAAGAUGAGGGAUUUAUGGGCAUGUCCCCCCUCUUACAAGCUCACCAUGCCAUGGAAAGAAUGGAAGAAUUUGUAUGUAAGGUAUGGGAAGGCCGAUGGAGGGUUAUUCCUCAUGAUGUACUGCCUGACUGGCUAAAAGACAACGAUUUUCUUUUGCAUGGGCACAGGCCCCCUAUGCCUUCUUUCCGGGCCUGUUUCAAGAGCAUCUUCAGAAUACACACAGAGACGGGCAACAUCUGGACACAUCUCUUAGGUUGUGUUUUCUUCCUAUGCUUGGGGAUAUUCUACAUGUUUCGUCCAAACAUCUCCUUUGUGGCUCCAUUACAAGAGAAAGUGGUCUUUGGAUUAUUCUUUCUGGGAGCCAUUCUCUGCCUUUCCUUCUCAUGGCUUUUCCACACUGUUUACUGCCAUUCAGAAUCGGUUUCCCGGAUCUUCUCCAAACUGGAUUACUCUGGCAUUGCCCUCCUGAUCAUGGGAAGUUUUGUUCCUUGGCUUUAUUACUCCUUCUACUGUAAUCCACAGCCUUGCUUCAUUUACUUGAUUGUCAUUUGUGUGCUGGGGAUUGCAGCCAUCAUUGUCUCCCAGUGGGAUAUGUUUGCCACCCCUCAAUAUCGGGGGGUGAGAGCAGGAGUGUUUCUGGGCUUGGGCCUCAGUGGAAUCAUUCCUACGCUGCACUAUGUCUUUUCGGAGGGGUUUCUGAAGGCUGCCACCAUUGGACAGAUAGGCUGGUUAUUACUCAUGGCCUGCUUGUACAUUACUGGAGCUGCACUCUAUGCUGCUCGGAUCCCAGAGCGUUUCUUCCCUGGAAAGUGUGACAUCUGGUUUCACUCCCAUCAACUCUUUCAUAUCUUUGUGGUUGCUGGGGCUUUUGUGCACUUCCAUGGUGUUUCAAACCUCCAGGAGUUCCGUUUCAUGAUUGGUGGGGGCUGCAGCGAGGAAGAUGCACUGUAAAACCUGCCAGUGUCUUGGACCAUAAACCAGAACCAGGGCCAGCAACAGCUGUGGUCCAUAUUGACUGGACAUUGAUGCAAAACACCAGAAAGAGCCCCACAACUUUGAAACCCAUCUGGGCAUCGAAGCUUCCCAGGGGCUGGACAUGGUACACAGUAGAGAAGAGAAAAACAAAAAUAAAUCAUACCUCAAAGGAUGGAGUGCAUCAAUUUGGAGAAAAAGGAGAUGAGAUAUUCACUCAAACUUAACUUAUUCUUAGGAAUCUACAGAUUGAGGGCCAUGGAGGACCCUUGGCAAACUGGCUUCUGUUCAAUGCCAUAUUUAUUUGUAGAAGAUGGGGGCAUCUUAGUUGGCUGUUAUUCUCUUUCCAUACUCUUGCCUCCUCUCCCCUCUUGCCUCCUCUCCCCUCUUGCCUCCUCUCCCCUCUUCUCUUCUCUUCUCUUCUCUUCUCUUCUCUUCUCUUCUCUUCUCUUCUCUUCUCUUCUGUUCUCUUCUCUUCUGUUCUCUUCUCUCUUCUCUUCUGUUCUCUUCUCUCUUCUCUUCUGUUCUCCCCUCCCCUUUUCUUCCCUCCCUUCCCUUCCGAAUCUCUCUUUUUUAAAUAAAUCAACCACAAUUUGGGGUAAACAUUUAUAUCUUGCUAAGGGGCAGGGGUGAUUUUAGAUGCUCUUUUGGGAAAACAAAGAAAUUAAUGUAAAUAAGAUUUCUAACUUUCUGUUUAAAAAAGAAUUUAUAUAAAUGUUUAAAAUGGGGUGGGGUAGGGUAAUUUUUGUAAAGACUGAAACAUGCAAGUACCACACACUGUUUCAAUUUUGCACAAAGGAGGCUGUAGGUGAGAGAAGUCUAUAAGUAAUGCAUUCUUGGUGAUAUCAAGGUGCCUCUCCAAAGGCUUGAAUACCUUGGGCUAUAUUGAGACAGAGGCCAUGGCAGGCCCAACUUGGUAGUCUAGUGACUACUUCUAUACCUGGGAUUCUUGGGGCAGUGAAAUUAGAGAGUUAUUGUAUGUGUCUUUUUAGUGGGAGCAAUAUGUAAAUGGACAAGAUGGUGUGAAAAGGUCCAGAAGUACCCAUCUGCACAAAGUUUGGGUGCUUUUGUGGGAUCUUGCUUUCUUGUCUUAGCAGAUGCUGUUAGUGACAUUUCUAAGAACUAGAAUCAUCCAAGAAAAAGAAAAGGUGUUUAGGUCUGUACUCAAGCAGUAUAUGCAGGGAGUGUAGGAGAGGAGGGGGAAGCAAAGCUUUGGAUUUAGCACUGGGGCAAUGUGAGUACUUAAUUGGCAGCUUAUCUGAUUUUUGUGAUUUUGCUUAUCUUGGAUGGUGAGCUGCAUCAGUUUCCUAUAUCUUUUCUCUAGGAGUUCUCUGACACUUUAAAAACCCUUCUAUGUUGAAAUCACUGCUCUAAUUCUCUCUUUCUUCCCACAUAGAGAGUUAGUACUUCUCCCUGGUAAUUUGGUGGAUAGAAUAAAGCCAGCCAUCAGACCAGGAUUCAUUCUGUCCUGGUGCCUCUUAAACUCAUUUACAUAAAUUACAAAUACACUUCAAUUUAUAAAGAUGGUUUUUAACCUUUGGCAUACUCCCUUCCUGAGCCCUUUUCUUGAAGAGGAAAAUCAGCCAUACCAUCUUAAAUCCAAGUUUAAUACUUACCUUCCCUCUUCUGGGGAAAAACCUGGUUCCUUGUCUUCAACACUUAUUAAACCUCUAUUUUUUUAGGGGAUUAUAAAAGAAAGCUUGCUAGGGAAAUUGUAUAGGACCCUUGGUAUAAUGUCCUAAAAAAGCAAUUUGAAGUAGGAAAAAUAUUUAUUUAUGGCUCCUGUUCUGGCAUGGUAUUGUCAAGGAGAAUGAGUGAAUAUCUAAAGAAACUGGGGAUUCAGUUUCACAUAAAUUCUGAAGUGGCUUGUUUAAUAGGUAGAAACCUUAAAUUACUUCUAACCUUGGGAUCAUGGGUAUUGGCACUAAAUGAUGAGGCACCAAGCAUAGCAGCUAGCUUAAUGUAUUAAUGUUAGGUGAAACAGGAAAGACUCAUUUGGUAGAAAAGUUUUUUUUCUGUGUAAUUUUGUUCUCUCCCCUUCUAACUCCUGGAUCUCUGAAGAUGCCUUAUGUAAAGUGAGCAGAAGCUGGAGGCCAAGGAAAAUGGAUCCAUGGUAGGACCUGGGAGAAGAUUAAAAGUAUUUGGUUCUGAGUGAGGUCAUUGCCCUGGACGCUAUCAGGACUGAGCACAGAAAGCUCAGGUGAAUGGAGUAUGUCCAGAGCGGAUGAAGAGCAGUAUUAAUCCCUCUGAGGAAAUGGGGUCCAUCAGGACUAGAACCACCUGGGAGGAAACUCAUUCAGUUCCACAGAAGUGACAAUACAUGACAGAAGCCCAGUUAAUUCUUCUGUAAUGCACUUUGGGUUACAGUAUAACAGGCCCCUGUAUCACAUAGUUAUUGGUGCCAGGCAUCCUGUGCACCUUAGAGAAGGAGAUGAGCCUGGUUUGAUAGAGCACAAACCCCUGGAGAAAAAAAAUUAAAACUCUACCUAUCCUCAAUCCAGUGGAAGCUCUCCCUCUUUAGGGUGUGUGUGUAUGUGUGUCUGGGCACACGUGCGUGUGUGUGUGUGUGUGAGUGUGUGUGCAUGUGCAAGUUUGUGUGUGUGUGUGUGUGUGUGUGUGUGUGUGUGUGUGUUUUUGUAUAUUACCAAGAGCCUCCCUGUGCAUUUUGUUCUACUGUGCUAGCUGAGAAAUCUCACCAGGUUGGCACCUGAAUGCCUUACUCUCAGCAAUCAGAGGCUUCCUUGCUCUGUUGAUUUUAAUUUAAUUUUAUUUUGGUCAUAGGUUAGGACCUCUAUAGUGUCUUUCUUUUCCCCAUUAAAUAGUGGCCUUGUUCAGUAUGUCCUCCCCUCCCCCCCCCCCCAACACUUUAAAUUACUGAAGCCACAAAGCACAUUCUUGGGGAUCAUGGAGGGUUGGGGUUCCAGAACGGCAUCUGUGAUAUUUCCAUUCACCAUGGGAUCUCUCAACUUGCUGUAUUCUUAAUUUCUGCUAAUAAAAGAAUAAAAUGAAAAUUGACUCAA